CGGCAUAAGACGUAGAGAGGUCGCAGUGCACGGCACCACGCACGGUUUGAACCCGCUCUGGUUCCGGAUGACAGCUCGGCGAUAACUAGCGGAACAGCUCUGGCGGAUCUUUGAUGUUCUGCAGUGGCGCAACGUGAUUUUUGCUGUUUUUAAUCAUUCGCUGCGCUUCCAAAUAGGAUUAACUUCUUCACCCUGUUGUUGCGUUAUUAUUUUGAACCUGCAGUGAUCCAUAAUGCCAGCUGACACUAUGGAAAAGCAGACGGCAUCUCCCAUCGCUGGAGCUCCUGCCAACGGAUCACACACCCCGGACAAGCCAAAAAAUGCCAGCGAGCACAGAAAAUCAUCUAAACCCAUUAUGGAAAAACGUCGGAGGGCAAGAAUAAACGAAAGUCUUUCGCAGCUCAAGACCCUCAUCCUGGACGCACUUAAGAAAGAUAGCUCCAGACACUCUAAGUUGGAAAAGGCAGACAUCCUGGAGAUGACGGUGAAGCACUUGAGGAACCUGCAGCGCAUGCAGAUGAGCGCAGCGCUCUCGGCAGAUGCAACAGUGAUGAGCAAAUACAGAGCCGGAUUCAACGAGUGCAUGAACGAGGUGACCCGCUUCCUGUCCACUUCAGAGGGGGUGAACGCGGAGGUGAGGUCGCGGCUCCUCGGCCACCUGUCCAGCUGCAUGGGUCAGAUGAUGUCCGUGAACUACCCGCAGCAGCCUCCGUCCCAGCCGGCGCAUCUGGCCCAGCCCCUCCAUGUGCAGCUCCCAUCCACCCUGCCCAUCAGUUCCAAGCUCAGUCCCGCCGAGGCCGUCUCUCCUAAGGUAUUCGGUGGGUUCCAGCUGGUGCCCGCAACAGAUGGACAGUUCGCCUUUCUGAUCCCAAAUCCGCCCUUCGCCUCCACCACCACCGCUCCUGUUAUCCCCCUCUUCUCCAACGCCGGGGUGCCUGUUGCGGUGAACGCCAGUCCUGUGCACGGCAGCUCCGCGCCUACUGCAGCAUCUCCAGUGCACGGAAUGACGUCCUUCAUUGGGGGGUCCCAGGUGGUCAGUCCCAUGGGGGUGAACCCUGGCGCGGAGAACAGUGAAGCGGUGUGGCGGCCUUGGUAGCUAGCAGGGACCAGCCCCUUUUCCAGUUCAAACUUUUACCUAAAACUUUUACACAGCUGUUGCCGGGUUGAGCCUGCGACUUUUCCGCUACAGGAUGGCAACUUUAACCACUCGAUGCCCCCACUAGUCCUGAAUGUUUCGUUUUAUGGAACAAAUGUUAAAAAAAAAAAACAGCGCAUGUCUUGUUUUUGAUUUUUGAAAUAUAAUUUAUUAUUAACUCCAACAUUUGGAUCUCGGUGAUAAAGGUUCAGACAGAAGAUUUAUAGGAGACCUUUGUUAUGAAGUACUUUUUAUGAAAAGGUUUAGUUUUGUACAGAGCUGUUAUUGAUUGCCAUACCAAAGCUGUUUUAUAUUCUGUUUUGUGUUAAAAAGAAAAACAGUUGAAGGUGGGUGGUAACCCAGGGUUUUAAUAAAUGAGAUUUUUUUUA